GGACUCCCGCUCCUCCGCGGCCGGGCGGGGCUGCAGGGACCGACGUCCUGCUGCGGGGGUUUGCCCGCCGCUGUCGCGGAGUGACUGCGUCAUCAGAGCCGAAACCCCCGUCGCAUCCCGCUCGGACUUGGGGCGUACCUGCCGGGCCCGCGUAGCGCUGCGGAGGGCGAGGUAGAGGUUGGCGGGCGCAGAGGUAACCGUAUCCGUGAUCUCAGCCAGUCACCCUUCUUGACCUCACCGCCUUGGGCGGACCGGGAGCUGGGGAGUCGAGGGGAAGGGUCGUGGGUGCCCGGGCGUGGUUCUGUUUGGCGCGCCGGGGCCUUGUCUUUCAAGGCCGGAGCCUGGCCGUCAGAGGCUCGCUCAGCCCUGCGCCCUAGUCCCCGUUCUCCAGGCCGCCUCUGUAGAAGGCGAACUUUCCCCCACUCAGGAUCUCAUGGAGCCGAGAGGGAUCAAGAGAGGCGCUGGGAAGACAGAAGUAGCUGAACCUCGGAACAAACUCCCCUGCCCAGCACCCUCGCUGCCCACAGAUCCGGCCCUCUACUCUGGGCCCUUUCCUUUUUACCGGCGCCCAUCCCAAAUGGGCUGCUUCUCCCUGGACGCCCAACGCCAGUACCAUGGAGAUGCCCAAGCCUUGCGCUACUACAGCCCACCCCCCACCAACGGUCAGGGCCCCAACUUUGACCUCAGAGACGGAUACCCCGAUCGAUACCAGCCCCGGGACGAGGAGGUCCGGGAGGGCCUGGACCAUCUGCUGCGGUGGCUCCUGGAGCACCGAGGACAGCUGGAGGGGGGUCCAGGCUGGCUGGCAGGGGCCAUAGUGACGUGGCGGGGGCACCUGACAAAACUGCUGACAACACCGUAUGAGCGGCAGGAGGGCUGGCAGCUGGCGGCCACCAGGUUCCAGGGGACACUGUACCUGAGUGAGGUAGAGACACCGGCUGCUCGGGCUCAAAGACUUGCCCAGCCACCCCUCCUCCGGGAGCUUAAGUACAUGGGGUACAAGUUUGAGCAGUACAUGUGUGCAGACAAACCUGGAGGCUCCCCAGAUCCCUCUGGGGAAGUCAACACCAACGUGGCCUUCUGCUCUGUGCUACGCAGCCGCCUGGGAAACCACCCUCUGCUCUUCUCAGGAGAAGUAGACUGCACAGACCCCCAGGCCCCAUCCCCACAGCCCCCCACCUGCUAUGUGGAGCUCAAGACCUCCAAGGAGAUGCACAGCCCUGGCCAAUGGAGGAGCUUCUACAGACACAAGCUCCUGAAAUGGUGGGCUCAGUCAUUCCUCCUGGGGGUCCCAAAUGUUGUUGCUGGCUUCCGUAACCCGGAGGGCUUCGUCUGUUCCCUCAAGACCUUUCCCACCAUGCAGAUGUUUGAACACGUCAGGAAUGACCGUGAUGGCUGGAACCCUUCCGUGUGCAUGAACUUCUGUGCCGCUUUCCUUAGCUUCACCCAAAACACAGUUGUCCAGGAUGACCCCAGACUCGUCCACCUCUUCUCCUGGGAGCCUGGUGGCCCAGUCACUGUGUCUGUACAUCGAGAUGCGCCCCAUGCCUUCCUGCCCACAUGACUCCCCUCGGGUCACCUGCAGGAUCACACCCAGUGCAUUAUGAUGCUCCCGACUCUGCACGACCACCACCCUUCCGGCUGAGAGAGACUUCAGCCCAUUCACAGACUCUAUGACACGUUGCUGAAGAGGGGAGAUGCGCAAAGGGGUAAGGAAGGAAGUGUCUGGGUUGCUGGGGCAGUUCAGGAGCACCCAGACUCACCUGUCUUUCUCCUCAUCACCCCAACACAAUACAC